AUGCACGGCGGUGUGAAGGGCCUGGCGCGGGCACCGUGGGAGUCUGCCGUGCACGCUGCUCUUCUGCUGCUCUCAUCAACGGCGCGCCAACAGGACGCUGCACGUAUACAUCACACAGUGCGGGAGUGUAUGUGUAUUUGUUUAAUACACCGCAGAUCAGCAGAUGCGCUGCGUGUGCAUGAAUUGUUUAGUCGCUCAGGUCAUACCGUUCCUCCACACCAGAAACAGCCACAACCACCACCACAACAACAAUAUAGUCAAUAUCAUCGAAUAUCGGGUUGCCCUCAGAUAUUAACAAUGGAGCACUUGCAAUCUCUUUCUGUAGAUGAACUGGCGUUAGUGGCAUUGCAACAACAACCUCAUCGUGCCCAUCAAAGUAUGGUGGUGGCACAAAUGAUAGCGGCGGAGGAUAAUAACAAUGAAGGAGAUGACUGCAGUCUUAUUUGGAAUAUGCAAACACCAUUAGAGAGGGAAAGUCUUCUAAACACCACGUCAACAUCAUUAACAUCAUCAUCAUCUGUAAUCUCUUCAUCCUUAUCAUUAGCGUCUCCAUCCCACAAGCAGAGACAAUCACCCUCAACACAAAUACAAAUACAAGAAGAAAAAAGAAGGGGAAAUAUGCGAGGUGAGUCUCCUGUUAAUAUAGCUUCCACAGAGACAUUCUGUGUUCUCAUUCCAGGGCUGACAAAAAUAACGGAGGUGGAACAAUUUCGUAUUAUGCUUCAGCAGAAUAUGCAACUUCUCCAAAUAACACAUCAAUUAAAACAAAGCCUGGGACUACAUUAUCUUCUUUCGCAGAUGUACCACAUUGUAGAUAACAAGAGUCUUUCCGCUCAGGUGGAAAUUAGUCCACUCGUUCGUGUUGGACGUGCAGUGUUGGAUCAUCCAUUUCUUUUUUCAACACCAUCUUCAGAGGAGGCUAGAAAACGUUUGCUUUUUGAAGAAUGGGGUAGCAUUACAUUUAAUAAAACAUUAAGUGAAGUUCAACGAACAAAACUAAUGGCACUUGAGAGUCUGGUUGACCCUGUAAAAGCACUGUGUAAAGAACCGUUGAAGUUUAUGCAUUUAUUGGCCGUUUCAUGGGAUGAACUCUUUCUACGGCGUGUGGCUCUCACAUUAGUCUUGCCGAAAGAAGCUCAUGAUGUGCUUCCUCCUAGUCGUAGAAAAAAAUACUUCUCGUAUGAAAAGUAA